AUGGCUCUUCAACUGUCCCGGAGAGUAAAGCAUCAGGGGGCAGACCCAGCAAACUCCCUCAAUAAAGCAUUGGAGAAUUUUCAGAAUAUAUUGACAGAUGAGCAGAAGCGAGAUUUCCAAGGAAACACCACAACCCCGGAUAUUGGGAGUGUCAUCGAGUUUGUCGCACAAAUCGAUGCUAAGAACAGUAGCAUGACCAGGAGAUGUGUGGCUCCCCGGUUGUGUACCUUCCUGGAGGCAACACAGCAGUUCGUCGGUGUUGUGGACACAUUCGUCAGCUGUAAUCCGACUAUCGCUGCCCUCGUCUGGGGUGGUGUGAAAACUGCCAUAUUGACGGCAAGCAAUGUCGCGUCUUACUUUGACAAAGUUACUAGCAUGAUCAUGGAAAUCGGCAAAUCCUGUCCGACAUAUCAACUAUUUGGCCUACUAUAUCCCGGCUGCAUUAGUCUCCAACGUGCACUUUGUGAUUACUAUGCCGUCAUCAUUGAUCUGUGCAUCAAGAUCAUUGAAGUUUCCCGUCGGACCACCCUCAAGCAAACUCUUUCGUCGAUCCUGGUCCCAUUUGAUUCCGAAUUUAAACUGUUGCUGGAUCGACUUAAGGAGGCUAAAGAUGAGAUAAAACUGCAGAUAUCACUCGCGUCAAAGCAAGCAGAUCAAGAAGCAAAACAGCUGCUGGAGUAUGAAAGCCGACAGAACUCAAAGUUUCGACCUUCGGCCCUAAACUUCUUCCAAACAUCACUGAAACACCAGGCUGAGGUAGACAAAUUGCAAAUUGAUAGGAGAAAGAGAAAAACAGCGACAUUGAAGAUGAGCAUUCGAAAUAACCUUUCUCUCGUCAAUCAUGUUUCUCCUUGGAGACAGGCUUUGAGGCAAAGGGUUUCGACCACAGCUGAGUGGCUUCAGAAUGAGUCAAUCUUCUGUAGAUGGAAUGAAGAUCCACAAACAGUGGUACUCUGGUGUUCAGGAACCAUUGGCAUGGGUAAGACAGUGCUCAUGUCUAAUGUGGUGGCUCAGCUGCAUGCGGUGCGCAAGAGCAACGAAAUCUUGACUUAUUACUUCUGUCGCGUCGACGAUGAAGCAUUUUUGUCCGCGAGGAACAUCCUUGGAAGUUUGGCUCGUCAAAUGAUUGAUAAUCAAAUUGAUCAAGGCAAAUAUGAAACUCUACUUGCUUUAGAGGAGAGCAGCCGGAACCUCAGUACGAAUGAUGUCAUUUCAUUUUUAUUAUCUCGUCUAGAGGCCGAUAAGAAGUACUAUGUUAUCUUGGAUGGUCUGGAUGAAUGCGAGGACCAUCAGAUUCAAGCGGUGGGACAGGCUUUGGCUGAGCUCUGCAACAGCUGUCUUGAAGGGUUCAAAAUCCUUUGCGCAGGCCGGCCUGGCCUUGAAAGGAAAUUGCUCAAAGCGAACAUACCGCAAUAUAUAGUCACUGUGAAUAAAGAAAAGGUUGAGUCGGACAUAGAUCGCUAUAUUAUCACAAACUUAGAAAUUUGUCUGGAAGAGAAAGUUUUGACUCUCCGGGAUCCAACGCACAUUACGAAGAUAUACAAUACCCUACGGGACAGAAGCGACGGAAUGUUCCUUUGGGUUCGUCUCUGCAUCGAAGAGCUUUGCGCACAGAAUUGUGAUGAUGACAUCUUGGAAGCACUGAAAAAUCUUCCAAUUGGCUUAUCUGAACUUUAUGAUCAAAAGCUUCGUCGUGUCCGAGAAGGACGGGCGACUAGUCAGGCAAUUAAAGUACUGGAAUAUUGCGGGAUAGUAAAGCGGCCAUUGACAGUUACGGAAUUUCGAGAGGCUCUCAGCGUCUCGCUAGAUCAAAAGUCUUUUGACUACGGAAAGAUGCCCAACAAUAUGCAUAAGAUUUUCAACGGUUGCUAUGGAUUCAUAUUCGUCGAUGAAGAGGAAGACACUGUACACUAUGUGCAUCACAGUGUGAAGCAGUAUCUUUUUAUCACCAGCGAUCUACACAAAGCCAUAUUUGACAUUACAAAAAUUGAUCAGGAUUUUGGGUUCCUUUGCAUGACAUAUCUGGACUUCAGCAACUUCAAGUACCAGCUAACGAAAUUUAACAAGGGUUCCGAUACUCCCAUCAACCCCCUUCAGCUUGUUACUCUCCCCGUAUACUCAUCCAGCGGAGUGAGCAGUAAAGUGGCCCAGAAAAUUCUAUCUCAACUUCGCAGCCUGCGCAAUCUCAGUGCUCGAGAAAUAGAGAGGACGGCACGAGAUGCAGUUGGAUAUGAAGAGUCUGUGCAGCUGAAGCUUGGAAUCCAGGAGCAAGGGUUUCAGUUUCGAAACUAUGCUAUGGAUUACUGGCUCUAUCAUCUAAGUGAUUUUACCGACGAUGCGAGCAGUAAGAAAUGGCAAUUGUUUUGCCGAUGUAUAGAAGGGAAUGACAUUGCUGCAUGCAAACCUUGGGAGCCGAAGCAACAUACCCACUUCAAGGCAGAUAAUAUGCCGAACGCGAUGCAAUGGCUAUUGUCCCGUGAACAUUACGCAUUACUUUUAUACUUUGGGAAACAUCAAUCUCACCUUCUGACCGACGAGAUGAAGCAUGAAAUUCUUCGCCGCGCCGACAUUCGCAAUCGUUAUCGCUACACUGAGGUGUUAGUGAAGUUUCAGAAUACCAGCGACAUCUUGGAUCGUGGGUUGUCGCAUGCUGCCGCAGAUGGAUGCAAUCGUUCCUUGUCAGUGUUGCUCGAAGUAGGGGCUAGCGUCGAUGUUAUAUUGAAUGGCCGAACAGCUCUCCAAACAGCAGCAGAAGGUGGUCACCUCGAGGUCGUGCAGGCACUACUAGCAGCUAAAGCCGAUGUUAACGCAUCUCCUGCUAGAAGUGACGGCAGAACAGCCCUUCGAGCAGCAGCAGGAGGUGGUCACCUCGAGGUCGUGCAGGUACUACUAGCAGCUAAAGCCGAUGUUAACGCAUCUCCUGCAGAUUAUUACGGCAGAACAGCCCUUCAAGCAGCAGCAGGAGGUGGUCACCUCGAGGUUGUGCAGGCACUACUAGCAGCUAAAGCCGAUGUUAACGCAUCUCCUACUAUAUUUGGUGGCAGAACAGCCCUUCAAGCAGCAGCAGGAGGUGGCCACCUAGAGGUUGUGCAGGCACUACUGGCAGCUAAAGCCGAUGUUAACGCGUCUCCUGCUGGACAUGACGGCAGAACAGCCCUUCAAGCAGCAGCAGGAGGUGGUCACCUCGAGGUCGUGCAGGUACUACUAGCAGCUAAAGCCGAUGUUAACGCAUCUCCUGCAUAUUAUUACGGCAGAACAGCCCUUCAAGCAGCAGCAGGAGGUGGUCACCUCGAGGUCGUGCAGGUACUACUAGCAGCUAAAGCCGAUGUUAACGCAUCUCCUGCUAGAAGUGACGGCAGAACAGCCCUUCGAGCAGCAGCAGAAGGUGGCCACCUCGAGGUCGUGCAGGUACUACUGGCAGCUAAAGCCGAUGUUAACGCAUCUCCUGCAGAUACUUACUGCAGAACAGCCCUUCAAGCAGCAGCAGGAGGUGGCCACCUAGAGGUUGUGCAGGCACUACUGGCAGCUAAAGCCGAUGUUAACGCAUCUCCUGCUGGACAUGACGGCAGAACAGCCCUUCAAGCAGCAGCAGGAGGUGGUCACCUCGAGGUCGUGCAGGUACUACUAGCAGCUAAAGCCGAUGUUAACGCGUCUCCUGCUGGACAUGACGGCAGAACAGCCCUUCAAGCAGCAGCAGGAGGUGGUCACCUCGAGGUCGUGCAGGCACUAUUGGCAGCUAAAGCCGAUGUUAACGCGUCUCCUGCUGGACAUGACGGCAGAACAGCCCUUCAAGCAGCAGCAGAAGGUGGUCACCUCGAGGUCGUGCAGGCACUACUAGCAGCUAAAGCCGAUGUUAACGCAUCUCCUGCUGGAAGUGGUGACGGCAGAACAGCCCUUCAAGCAGCAGCAGGAGGUGGUCACCUCGAGGUCGUGCAGGCACUACUGGCAGCUAAAGCCGAUGUUAACGCAUCUCCUGCUGAACAUAACGGCAGAACAGCCCUUCAAGCAGCAGCAGAAGGUGGUCACCUCGAGGUCGUGCAGGCACUACUAGCAGCUAAAGCCGAUGUUAACGCAUCUCCUGCUGAACAUAACAGCAAAACAGCCCUUCAAGCAGCAGCAGAAGGUGGUCACCUCGAGGUCGUGCAGGCACUACUAGCAGCUAAAGCCGAUGUUAACGCAUCUCCUGCUGGAAGUGGUGACGGCAGAAUAGCCCUUCAAGCAGCAGCAGGAGGUGGUCACCUCGAGGUCGUGCAGGCACUACUAGCAGCUAAAGCCGAUGUUAACGCAUCUCCUGCAUAUUAUUACGGCAGAACAGCCCUUCAAGCAGCAGCAGGAGGUGGUCACCUCGAGGUCGUGCAGGCACUACUAGCAGCUAAAGCCGAUGUUAACGCAUCUCCUGAUAAAUUUGACGGCAGAACAGCCCUUCAAGCAGCAGCAGGAGGUGGUCACCUCGAGGUCGUGCAGGCACUACUGGCAGCUAAAGCCGAUGUUAACGCAUCUCCUGCAUAUUAUUACGGCAGAACAGCCCUUCAAGCAGCAGCAGGAGGUGGUCACCUCGAGGUCGUGCAGGCACUACUAGCAGCUAAAGCCGAUGUUAACGCAUCUCCUGCAUAUUAUUACGGCAGAACAGCCCUUCAAGCAGCAGCAGGAGGUGGCCACCUAGAGGUUGUGCAGGCACUAUUGGCAGCUAAAGCCGAUGUUAACGCGUCUCCUGCUGGACAUGACGGCAGAACAGCCCUUCAAGCAGCAGCAGAAGGUGGUCACCUCGAGGUCGUGCAGGCACUACUAGCAGCUAAAGCCGAUGUUAACGCAUCUCCUGCUGGAAGUGGUGACGGCAGAACAGCCCUUCAAGCAGCAGCAGGAGGUGGUCACCUCGAGGUCGUGCAGGCACUACUGGCAGCUAAAGCCGAUGUUAACGCAUCUCCUGCUGAACAUGACGGCAGAACAGCCCUUCAAGCAGCAGCAGAAGGUGGUCACCUCGAGGUCGUGCAGGUACUACUGGCAGCUAAAGCCGAUGUUAACGCAUCUCCUGCAGAUACUUACUGCAGAACAGCCCUUCAAGCAGCAGCAGGAGGUGGCCACCUAGAGGUUGUGCAGGCACUACUGGCAGCUAAAGCCGAUGUUAACGCAUCUCCUGCUGGACAUGACGGCAGAACAGCCCUUCAAGCAGCAGCAGGAGGUGGUCACCUCGAGGUCGUGCAGGCACUACUAGCAGCUAAAGCCGAUGUUAACGCAUCUCCUGAUAAAUUUGACGGCAGAACAGCCCUUCAAGCAGCAGCAGGAGGUGGUCACCUCGAGGUCGUGCAGGCACUACUAGCAGCUAAAGCCGAUGUUAACGCAUCUCCUGCUGGAGAUGACGGCAGAACAGCCAUUCAAGCAGCAGCAAAAGGCGGCUUUUCCAAGAUUGUGGAAAUACUAGAACUGUCUGGCGCAAAAUGA